CAACAAACGACGAACGACGAACCGCGCAUGAAAUGCGACGAGCGUAAAACAAAGAACGAUAAAGACCAAAGACGAACGACGAACGACAAGCGACGAAAGAUGAAAGGCGAAUGA